AUGGGACAAAAUCACACAUACAACAAAUUCAUCCUCUUGGGAAUUACAGAUAGGCCAUUUGCACAGAUCCCUCUCUUUGGGUUGUUUUUACUGAUUUAUAUUGUCACUUUGGCGGGGAACAUUGGGAUUAUGGUCCUGGUGUGGACUGAUCCCAGACUCCAUACCCCUAUGUACUUCUUCCUCACCCAUUUGUCAUUUACUGAUGCCUGCUAUUCCACAGUGGUCACCCCCAAGAUGCUAGUAGAUCUGCUACUAGAGAAUAAAACCAUUUCUUUCGCUGGAUGUGUGACACAGUUCUAUGGCUUUGCUUUCUUUGCCACUGCUGAAUGUUACCUCCUUGCUGUGAUGGCCUAUGACCGAUAUGUUGCUAUCUGCAACCCAUUGCUUUAUGUGAUGAUCAUCUCCCAGCAAGACCGCACGCAGCUGGUAGCAGCUUCUUACCUCAUUGGGUUUCUCAGUGCCGUGAUAUACACAGGCUGCACAUUUGGGGGCUCUUUCUGUGGACCUAACCUGAUCGACCACUUCUUCUGUGACUCCAGCCCCGUGCUAAAGCUUGCUUGCUCUGACACCCACCGCAAUGAAAUGGUGAUCCUUGUACUUUUUGUUACAAAUGUGGUAGGCACAAAUGUGAUUGUUUUGCUCUCCUACAGCUAUAUCCUCUCCACUGUCCUGAGGAUGCGCUCUGCACAGAACAGGUCCAGAGCCUUCAGCACAUGUGCCUCCCAUUUGAUGGCUGUUUCCUUAUACUAUGGGACAGGCUUCUUUAUGUACCUACAACCCAGCUCCAGCCACACCAGUCUAGACAAGGUGGUAUCUGUGUUUUACACACUGGUGACCCCCAUGCUCAACCCCCCAUUAUACAGCCUGAGGAACAGAGAGGUGAAGGAUGCUCUUGCGAAGUGCAGGAGAAAGAUUUUAAACUGA